UCAUAACUCACACACAUGGUCGACCAAUCAGCAGCGGCUGCGGGGGCAGAAAGCCGACUAUCUGUGGAGCGGAUUCACCUGAACCUGAACCUGAGACCGCACGCAGGCCGCUGAUCCUCCUCCUCAGCUCUCACAUCUUUAUGCAAUCACACAGCAGCACAGAAAUGGCCAUUCCCCGGAUGUUCAACUCCAACACACCCUUCAUCAUCGUCACCGGAGGCUCUGAACUCACAUUUCUUGGCAAAGAGGACGACAGCGAAGGGUGCGAGGAGGAGAAGGACUCGCUGGUGCAAGCCAUCGCCCCGCAUCUGAGCCGGGUGAUGCAGCACGGCACCGCCAAACACGUGGCGACCGAGGGGCGGGAAGAGGCCGAGGAGAACCCCUGUGUGUCCAUCGUCGCACAGGCAGAGAGAGAAGACAAUCAGGAGUUCAGCCCGACAAAAACUCAGAGCUCUCUCUCAAGAUGUCAGCUGCUCAAAAAACACAGGUUUCUCAGCAAGGAAACGGCGCUCCUGAGUGACUCUGAAGAGGAGGAGGAGGAGGAGGAGGACUGCGAUGAGGCUGCCAAACUCCCACACCACCACCUCCAGAGGAAACAGCGCAGGAAACCCAGGAGGCAGAGCCAGGAGGAAGGGGAACAACGUCCCAUCAUUCGAGGUCUGUGGGUUCAGGAGAUAGACUGGCUGAAAUCAGCAGAGAGAGAAAUGACAUCACCGCCUGAGAUCAUCCCGCCUCCUCCCGAGUUCACGGACUCCUGCAGCCAUGGAGACGUGCAGGGCUCGGUGGAUGACAGCUGUGCAGAUGUGUUGGAGGAUGUGUCUUUAUCAGAGGACCAGGACCGAUCAGGAGACGCAGAGGACACGUCCCGCAGUGAUGUCAGAGGAGGGUCAGACUCUGAUUGCGGCCUGGAGCAGGACUCUGAAUCCAUCCUCACUCAUGAGAGUGAGUCAGACUCGUCUUGCGGUGCAGAGGACGACACACACGCCACUGACAGUUUUGCAGGAGAGGCCAGGAACGCCAACUUGACCUUUGCCCUCAUGAACGUGUCCGGCUUUAACUCCUGCUCCCACACUGAGUGGGAUUCGGAGUCUUCAGGGCGUGUGCAAAGCCUGCUGGGAAUGUCAGACUCCACAGACUCGCCCAGCUCUGUGAAUAUUUCCCAGAGUGCCUUUGGUUUCGAUGACAUGAGUGAUAGUGACACAGUUUUGGAUUUCCUCAGAGGCAGAGUGACACAGAUGCCGAAGCUCUCUGUUUCACCUUUCUUCAUGGAUUUGAUUAAAACGACUCUGGAUGGAUGGAAGACAAGCAAACCGGGCAAUGAGGGUCUUAUCUUUCAUCAUCAACUCCAGCCCAACAGCUGCCUGUACAGGGAGGGAGAGGAGUACAGCGUUCUUCACCACAUACAGAACGGCUCAUACGGGGACGUGUUCUGUGUUCGGGACUCUAAGACGGGGUUCAAGUGUGCUGCCAAGAGGAUUCCUCUGAGUCACUUCAGCAGAGAGGAGGUGAGCACGUGGAGCGCUCUGGACUCUCCUCGUGUUGUGGAGCUGUUUGGGGCCGUGAGGGAGGGGCUUAACAUCGUGCUCUUCAUGGACUUAAAGCCAGCUUGUUUGGCUCAGCUUUUAAAAGAGAUGCACUCGUUACCGGAGGAUUUGGCCCUGCACUACCUUCAUCAGACACUGGGGGCACUAGAACACCUGCACCACAGGAAGGUCCUUCAUCUGGAUGUCAAAGUUGACAAUGUGCUGCUGUCUGCAGACUGCAGGGACACAUUCCUCUGUGACUUUGGUCUCUCAGAGACUUUAGAUGGCAAUGAAUGGAGCACCAAGGCAUUCAGAGGAGCUGCCUUCCCGGGCACAGAGUCCCACAUGGCCCCUGAGGUGGCACGAGGGGACCAGCUCUGUGCCAAGGCGGACGUAUGGAGCAGCUGCUGUAUGUUACUGCACAUGCUCAAUGGAUGCCAACCAUGGAUCCGUUACUACUCCCAUCCCCUGUGUCUGCAGAUUGUCAACGAGCCUCCUCCUCUGUGGGAGGUGCCGUCCAACUGUAACAACUUCACGGCCAAAGUGUUCAGAGCUGGACUUCAAAAAGAUCCAGACAGACGAGUUUCAGCGAAAGAGCUCAGGAGGAAAACCACCAAGGCCCUCCGAGCAGUUGGAGGUCUGAGUCCCUGGUCUGUGAGAAGUGCCUGUGAGAAGCUGAAUCAUUGCAACAACCAAAAUAAAGACACCCCCUGCCCUUUGUCACCUGGGAUCCCAGCCAACCCAACGAAACCACCGGCCUCUGCGAUGUACUGGGUGAGCCCCUGGAGGACCACAGCAGUGGACGAGGACAGCUGUGACCGGAAGGAUCAAGAGUUUGCUCCGGACUCAGACUCCUUAACGAGGGAAUGGGACUCCCCGCCGAAAACACUGCAGGAUGAUUAUGCUGCCGAUGAAAAGGACUGGGACUCCUGCUCGGAUUCAGACGUGGAUAUCUACAUGGGAGAGGAGGAGUACGCUCAGGAGAAGUGGCUCAAGACAGACAGGGACUAUGAGGGGGACUGGGAAGAGGAAGGAGAUGAUGAGGAGGAGGAAGAGGAGGAGGAGGAGGAUGAAGACUGGGACUCUUCCGUGACCACCGAGCAUCUCCGUGCUCUCAAGGGUCUUUUCCCUCUGCUGCAGAAAGGCCAGCAGACAAAUGAGAAUUCAUGGGGUUCAGAGCCAGAGCUGGAAUACCUCCGAGACGAUGUACCUAAAGGCACCACAAUCCAGACCCCGUCCCCUGAACCCAGAGACGACCCUCCGUCCUGUUUCAGCUGCUCAGACACGUCGCAGAUAGAUGCCUCGGACAAGGACUCGGACCACUCGUCUGAUGAUCUGAGCUCUGGAGUCUUCUCCUCCUGUAACAGUCAGGCAGACGGACACUUGGAGUGGCUGGCCUCUGAGAAUCAGCCGUCCUCACACUGCUUUGAUGGUGUUGACAUCUGGAUUGAGAACGUGCAGGGCGAGUGUCUGAGGAUCCGUGAACGCCGGCAGGUCAAAGUGGGCCAUGUUGCUAUAGGAAUCAGUGAUCAGGUCUCAGGUAAAGCCUUCACCUUGGAGACCCUGGACAGGAAGACGGUCUCCUUUGAGGAAGAAAUCAGAGAGUCGUGUUUGUGGCUGCGCUGCGUUCCUGCUCCUGACAGGUGUCAGCGCUGGAGGUGGAGAGUCAGAGACGGCAGGCUGGAGCUUCGAGAAUGACAAAGACUUCCUUACUUUGAUUUUCUUUUGCACUAAGUUGAGGCAUUGACUGCUCUGAGACUACGUUGACUUUAAAUAUAUUUAUGAAAAUGAUGUGCUGCUGGUAUGAUUUAUUAUAGCCAGUGUUUCUGUGAAUGAGUUUGUCUCCUCUGUGGUCUGGACACCAAGUCUGUCAUGUUGCUGUUAAAGGUUUCAAUUUAAAUGAGAUAAGCUGCUUAAAACUCACCAUACAUUACGAGCCUUGAACACUUUAAUACUUGAAUGUUGACGACAUUUUAUAUGAAUAAAAUUAACCUCCAAAGCAAA